AAUGUCAUUUUAUUAUGUUGGUGCCACUGUGUCUUAGGAAUAAGAAAUGCUUCCCGCGCUAAGCACGAUAAAUCUAAGCGCUGUCGAGAGUUGUAGCAAAAGACUGAUUUUCUUUAAGUUAAUUUUCCUGUGUUUGAACUGAUGUUCGUGUUGAAAACCUCCAACUACAAUCGCCUUUACAAACUGUUAAGCAAACGCUCUUAGACGCAACUUUACAAAUUUAACCUAUAUUUCCUGCUGGUUUUCGGUUAUAACAAUGGCAAAAGUACAGCUUUGCAACAUUACGGUAAUGGACAAUCCCAGCCCAUUUCUAAACCCUUUUCAAUUUGAAAUCACUUUUGAGUGUAUAGAAGAACUGAAAGAAGAUCUUGAAUGGAAGAUGAUUUAUGUAGGAUCAGCAGAAUCAGAAGAAUAUGAUCAAGUUCUAGACUCUGUUUAUGUCGGCCCGAUCCCAGAAGGAAAACACAUGUUCGUAUUUCAGGCUGAUCCUCCAAAUGUCUCUAGAAUACCAGAAAACGAUGCUUUAGGCGUUACUGUUGUCCUCUUAACUUGCUCAUACAGAGCACAGGAGUUUAUUCGAGUAGGAUACUUCAUAAACAAUGAAUAUAGUGAUCCAGAACUGAAAGAGAAUCCCCCAAGUCCUCCUCAGUUUGACAAGGUUACCAGAAAUAUUUUAGCUUCUGAACCGAGAGUUACAAGAUUUAAAAUCAAUUGGGAAGAGCCAAAUGCACAAGAAUCAAUGGCAGGUAAUGCUGAGCCAAUCGUUGCAGAUGCUCAACCACAAGAGCAAAGUGGUUCCGCACAAGUCCCUAGUUUCAGUGAAAAUUCGAACUCUUGGGCCACGAUGGAAUGUUCUUAAUUUUGCGAGUUCUGUCUUUCAGAUAUUGUUUGGAUCUGUUCAGUGUUUUGUUGAUAAUUUUUGGUUUAAUUAAAAAGUCGGUAAUUUAUUCAGUGUAUUGAUGCUAUUUUUUCUUGCUGUUGAACAAAGGAAGUAAGACAACUAGAUUAGAUUUAUUUGAAGUAAGGGGAGCCUUUUACAUGCAAUGUUAUCCCAAAUUUUGGCGUGUCUUAUUACUAUUUAGUGAAAUAAAUUAAUUUUUUUGUAUAUAA